UUGGUCAAGUGGACAUUUCACAGGUUUAUGGCAUCUCAGGGGACACCAGCCUUCUCUAUCCACUGGAAUUUGGGCUUCUUGGAAAAGCAGAAAGGAUCAGCAGAACAGGAACCCAACAGAGAUGGCCAUGGUUGGAGGCAGGAAUAUAAAUGUUUUCAUUGGAUUGUUUACUGCAACAGCCACCUGGGUUGGAGGAGCAUAUAUCAACAGCACAGCUGAAAUUGUCUACCUGCCUUCUAAAGGAUUACUGUGGGUCCAGGCACCUGUGGGAUUCGCCUUGUCCCUUGUUAUUGGUGGUUUCUUCUUUGUAAACCCAAUGAGGUCAAAGAAUUACGUGACUGUGAUGGACCCCCUUCAAGAAACUUAUGGGAACAUGAUGGGAACCUUACUCUUCAUUCCACCACUGCUAGGAGAGGUGUUCUGGUUUGCAGCUAUCCUGGCAUCCCUGGGAGCAACAAUGAGGGUCAUCCUGGAUAUUGGAGGCUCUUUGGCUAUCACCAUCUCAGCAUGCACUGUGAUACUGUACACUCUGCUGGGAGGCCUCUACUCUGUUGCCUACACUGAUGUCAUCCAGAUGGUUUUCAUUACCCUCAGCCUGUGGAUCUGUAUCCCCUUUGCCCUGGUGAAUUCUGCAACAGAAAGUAUUUAUCACACUGCAACUCAUCAAUCUUACCAAGAUCCUUGGAUUGGGAAGAUAGAAAAAGAGUAUCUUGGAAGGUGGCUGGACGACUUCUUCUACUUGGUGCUUGGGAGCAUCCCGUGGCAGACUUUCUUCCAGAGGGUGCUGUCUGCUGCCUCGACAGGACAGGCAAGGCUUAUCUCCUACCUCUCUGGACUGGGGUGCUUUGCUAUGGCCAUCCCCUCCGUGCUCAUUGGGGCAGUUGCAGCAUCAACAGACUGGAAUCAGACAAACUACGGUCUUCCAAGUCCAUUCGAGAGAGGGGAGUCAGUGAUGAUAUUACCACUUGUCUUACAACACCUCUGCCCAGCAUAUAUCUCCAUUACUGGUUUGGGAGCCAUCGCUGCUGCUGCAAUGUCUUCUGCAGAUUCCGCCCUUCUCUCCACUGGCUCCAUGUUUGCUCACAAUAUCUACAGGAAAAUCUUGAGGAAAAAGGCUUCAGAGACAGAGGUGCUGUGGGCCAUGAGGAUCUCCAUGUUGGUGUUUGGGGCUGGGGCUGCUGGUCUGGCUUUUCACUCCAGCUCUGUCUAUGACCUCUGGUUCCUCAGCGGGGAGCUGGUGUACGCCCUCCUCUUCCCCCAGCUCUGCUGUGCCCUCUUUGCACCCAGCACAAACACCUAUGGAUCAGCUGCUGGCUUCCUGGUUGGGCUCCUGCUGAGGCUACUGGCAGGGGAGCCUGCCCUGGGCAUCCCCCCUGUCAUCCUCUACCCAGCCUGCUCCCUGGUGAAUGGGACCUACAGCCAGCUCUUCCCCUUUAAAACAUUCACCGUGCUUCUCACCUUGGGCACAAUCCUUGCUGUUUCACACCUGGCCAAGGCUUUGUUUCAGAGAAACCUCCUCCCUCGCAGCUGGGAUGUUUGCAAUAUUGUGGGGGGAGCUGCCAUCCCCAUCCCCUUGCAGCAGGUGGAUAAACAGGAGCAUUUGCCAACCACUGCACUGGAAGAGAACCACGAUUAAAAGUGGGGCUUCAUUUGAAAGGCCACUGUGUGCUGAGCAGUUAGAGCACGGCACAGACAGCAUCACUCUGCUUUCUCCACUAAUGAUUUAUUUAAAUUCCUCACCGAGAAAUAAAGAACAUGUGAUUUGAAGUCAGCAGUGAUUAAAGUCACAUGGUGAUGGAGCACAAUCUUGUGGUGGUGACCACAGGACACCUUGGACCCCCCAAGUAGCUGCUUUGAUGUGCCCCUGGUAUUCCACCUGAAAGCAAAGCUAUAA